AUGUCGACGAUGGGGAGUUAUUACGUUGAUUCGCCUCUCAUCACCGAGCAGGAGGACAUGGCACCGAGGUACUCGUCGUCUGCAGGGGUGGAGCAGGCGAUGCUCUCCGGAUAUGGCGGUCAAGAAUCCUUCCCUUUGCAGGCGAAAUCUUCUAUUUUCGGUGGAUCUUGGAGUCCUAUCUCGACACAUCCUCCAAACACAACCGCUCCGACCUAUAUACACCACCAUUACACGAGCGGGGACAACGACGGUAUGUUUACGCGCUCCUGGGCGUUGGAUCCGGUCUCUGCGUCGCUGUGUUUGACGGGAUUACCAUCGACAACCAUGCAUUAUGACAUAAAACCCGAGCCUAUGAUUGGGACUGCGGAAUGCACAACGUUGGAGACGCACACACCUCUUUUGUCUGACAUUGAAAAUGGAGCGUCCCUUACGGAGAUUCCCUGCGAAACUACGACUAAAGCCACUGGAGAUACACCGUCAGCAGAAGGCAAGACGGAGAUAGAUGCAAACGACCCUUCGUCCAACUGGCUUCACGCGAAGCCCUCCAGAAAAAAGCGUUGUCCAUACACAAAGCACCAAAUCCUAGAACUGGAAAAGGAGUUUCUGUUUAACAUGUAUCUCCCCCGGGAUCGUAGAUACGAAGUCGCAAGAGUCCUGAGUUUAACCGAGAGACAGGUGAAAAUCUGGUUUCAGAACCGCAGGAUGAAGAUGAAGAAAGAAAACAAACAGCAGCGCAGGGACAGUUAGCGCGGCUUUGGACUGAUGUGGGAUUCCAGGAUGAAGGAGGGGGGACAGCGGCCUGUCUUUAAUGUCCCUGACCUGUUACACAUGGUGUGUUGUUGAAAAUAAUGCUGGAUGUGUCCCCCCCCCCCUACCAGUGUUUCAUGUUUGUGAUAGGACAAAUUG